AUGGAAGAGGCUGCAGCUCCCUUUGAAACUUGCGAGGCAGAUGGGGCCGAGGCAGGUGCCGAGGCAGCGGGGGAGGGUGUGUCUGGGCCGGGCCUCCCCGGGUUUGAGGUCUCUGGAGAGUCUGCAACUUUAGGUGUAAAUCCUCUCGACGUGCCUUCGGGCCUGGCCUCAUUCCCUGUGGCUCCUGGCCCAGCUCACCCCGGCACAGAGGCUGUGGGGCACGCCCAGGCCGCAGGGGGCGGGGCCAACCCCAACCCUCUUCCGGAACCGAACAGUGGCGACUGGAGAAAGCAAAUCGUCUGCAGGUAUUAUCUGCAUGGGCAAUGCAAAGAGGGGGAGAACUGCCGCUACUCCCACGACCCCUCUGUGCGGCAGAUGGCCAGGGAGGGCCACGUUUCGCCGCCUGAGGCCUCUGCAGACAGAGGACCUAGUACGGCUGCGCAGAGCGAGCCCCCGACUCAGGAAGUGGCGGAAGCCCCUCCUGCUGCAUCCUCAAGCUCCUUGCCUCUGAUUGGCUGGGCUGCUGAAAGGGGUUUCUUUGAAGCUGAGACAGACAAUGCAGGCCUUGAAGCUGCCGGAGGAGCAGGUGCACAAGGCUGGGAGGGUGCCAUUGAGUUUGUUCCCGGGCAGCCCUACCGAGGCCGCAUGGUCCCACCGUAUGGUCCCGAGGCUCCUCUACAGAGGCCGGUGCCUGAGAGAGAGCAGAUGGCUGUGGGCAUGGGGAUGCAGCUUUGCCGCUAUGCUGCCAGGGGACGAUGCAUUAAUGGGGAGAGCUGUUUUUACCUCCACGGAGAUAUAUGCGACAUGUGUGGGCUGCAGGCCUUACACCCCGUGGAUGCUGCUCAGCGGGAAGCUCAUAUAAGUGCCUGCAUGGAAGCACACGAGAGAGAUAUGGAGCUCUCGUUUGCUGUGCAGCGCAGCAUGGACAAAGUGUGUGGCAUCUGCAUGGAGGUUGUCUAUGAGAAAGCCAACCCCUGCGACCGCCGCUUUGGCAUCCUUUACAACUGCAACCACACCUUCUGUAUUCAAUGUAUCCGCAGGUGGAGAAGUGUCAGACAGUUUGAGAACAGAAUCAGUAAGUCCUGCCCACAGUGCAGGGUGCCCUCCAGCUUUGUCACUCCCAGUGAGUUCUGGGUGGAGGAUGAGGAAGAGAAGGAGAAACUUAUUCAGCAAUACAAGGAGGGAAUGAGAAAGAAGGACUGCAGAUAUUUUGCUCAUGGCAGGGGUUACUGCCCAUUUGGAGAGAACUGUUUUUACAAGCAUACAUACCACUGGGGCCAUCAUAGGCGAGGUGGUGGCCCAUCCGGCAUAUACUGGCAUCAAGUUUUGGAGCCUGUGCGGGUGUCAGAGAGCAACAUGCUCUUUAAAAGCAGUAAAAAGGAGCUUGUCAUACGUUGGCUGGCCAAUCUGUUGUUUAAGCGGUUUCUUGCAAUGAGAGUUGGUUUUCCUUUCUCUGAUGAUCAGUGGGCUUGGCUUUAUUAUCAGCUGGAAGAAUAUUUCAAUUUUAAUCUGUAG